GGCGGGGGAGUUAGUUGCAGAAAGAGAGGUGGCGGGAGGGGAGAUUUCCAAACCCAAACAGUGGCCAUCCGAUAAGGCCGCAACAAAGAAACUGAUUAACAAAGAAAAAGAAAAAGAAAAAAAAAAAGAAAGAAAGCCCACUGGUUUCACGAGAAAGCUGCGGAACGGAACCCAUCUUCACGUGACCUCACCUCACUCUCCUUCUUUGAUUCAAAAUCACUCACUCUUUCUAUUUUCCUUCCAAUCGGAUCCACCAUGAGGGACAAGGACAAAGAAAAAGAGACAGAGAAGAAGAAGUACCCUAUCGGCGCCGAGCAUUACCUUCUCUACGAGGAGAUUGGGCAAGGCGUAAGCGCUUCCGUGCACCGCGCGCUAUGCGUUCCCUUCAACGAGGUCGUCGCCAUCAAAAUCCUCGACUUCGAACGUGACAAUUGCGAUCUCAACAACGUUUCUCGUGAGGCUCAGACGAUGAUCCUCGUCGAUCACCCUAACGUGCUCAAAUCGCACUGCUCCUUCGUCAGCGAGCACAAUCUUUGGGUGGUUAUGCCGUUCAUGGCCGGCGGUUCAUGCCUCCACAUAUUGAAAGCCGCGCAUCCCGAUGGUUCUGAAGAGGUUGUCAUUGCAACCAUUCUCAAAGAGGUUUUGAAGGGUUUGGAGUAUUUUCGCCAUCACGGACACAUCCACCGUGACGUCAAAGCCGGUAACAUUCUCAUUGAUUCGCGCGGCGCCGUUAAACUCGGCGAUUUUGGUGUUUCUGCCUGCCUAUUUGAUUCCGGCGACCGCCAACGCACGAGGAAUACCUUUGUUGGAACACCUUGCUGGAUGGCACCCGAGGUCAUGGAGCAACUCCACGGCUAUAACUUCAAAGCUGACAUAUGGUCAUUCGGUAUAACCGCGUUGGAGCUUGCUCAUGGUCAUGCUCCUUUCUCAAAGUUUCCACCGAUGAAGGUUCUGCUCAUGACUCUUCAAAAUGCACCCCCUGGCCUUGACUACGAAAGGGAUGGCAAGUUCUCUAAGUCGUUUAAGCAAAUGAUUGCUAGUUGCUUGGUAAAAGAUCCUACAAAGCGACCUUCUGCAAGCAAGUUGAUAAAGCAUUCCUUCUUUAAGCAGGCUCGCAGCAAUGAUUAUAUAGUUAAAAAGCUUUUGGAUGGGCUGCCUGCUCUAGGUGAUCGAAUGGAGGCCCUAAAGAGAAAAGAAGAAGAUAUGCUCGCACAAAAGAAAAUGCCUGAUGGAAAGAUGGAGGAGUUGUCACAGAGUGAAUACAAACGAGGAAUUAGUGGUUGGAAUUUCAAUCUUGAAGACAUGAAGGCUCAGGCUUCCUUGAUCCACGAUUUCGACGAUGUUAUAUCAGAUAUCAAUCAUAUAGCAAGUUCAAGUUCUUUAUCUACACUUGAUUCACAAGAUAAACAAAUGCCAAUCGCAAAUCACCGCCCUUCUCAAUCUGCUGAUUUGGAAGAUAAUGAUGAGAUGCGAAAUCAAUCAGCUUCUGUUCCGGUAGUUGAUUCUGCAGUAAAUGAUGUCAAAACUAAGUUUGAAAAAUCUGAUGAUGACUCUAGCAUCACCAGUUCAAGCCAUGAACCACAAACUUCUACAUUCUGUCUUGAUGAUCACGUGGACAAUAAUUUGGCUGAAAAAUCUGAUAUGGAAAAUGGUGGAAGAUCCGCGGAGGUUGUGUCUACCCAUUAUUAUCAUAGAAGAGGAUGUUCAUCAAGCAUCUUACCUGAAGUUACCCUUCCACCUAUUCGACCAGAAAGUGAUAAACCACAAAAUCUGCCUCAGAACGUUUCGAGUUGCAGUGCAACUGCAGUUACACAGUCAGGAGAGGACGUGCUUACUGAACUUCCUUCUAGAGUCUCAAAAUCAUCGGCUACUUCUGAUGACACUGAUGAGAAAUCAAAGGUGCCAGUUGUACAGCAGAGAGGACGUUUUAAGGUUACAUCCGAGAAUGUUGACCCAGAAAAGGUGGCCCCUUCUCCUGUACUGCAAAAGAGUCACAGCAUGCAGGUUUUUAGCCAGCAUAAUGUCGCUUCUAUGCAUACAACUUCGCCAUUACUACCAGCAUCUGAAGCCACACCAUCAAAUCUUGCUGGCGGCUCUCUGUUUUCUGUGUUGCACUCUGUACUGCAGACAAAUAUUCUUCAAAGGGAGAGCAUUUUAAGUUUAAUGAAGCAAAUAACUGCCAGUGACUCAACAGCUGAUGGCACAUGUACCCCAGCACAGAUAGCAGCAACUGAGAAAUCUUUGCUUGAAACAGCUCACGAGAGGGAGAAGGAGUUACUUCACGAGAUAACUGAGUUGCAGUGGAGGCUUAUCUGUACCCAGGAGGAGCUUCAAAAAUUGAAAACAGAAAACGCCCAGGUGUGAUUGGCCUUGUGGAAUGGAUGCUUGUAUUUGGACUUCAGAAGUGAUUGGAUUAAGUGGGUGCUUGGAAUACUCAAUUUUAAGUUCAUUCAUCAUGGACUCUCAAAAAAUUGAAGUGCUGGAAGAAUGGAGAAUAACGACCAAUACGAAAUCCUUAGACUAGAUAUAAGGCGGUAUGCCACUUGUAGUUUUUUUUUUUAAUCAUUUAGUAGAUAAAAACUUUACUCAUAGUUUUCUCGUUAGAGCAGAUUCAUAGUUGAUAAUUGUUUUUGUAAAUUAUUUUAGCAUUAUUUCCUGCUUGUAAAUUAUUAUGCACACGGUAUUUUCGGGUCUUAUAUUCCUAGUCCUUAGAUUUCAUUCA